GGCGCCACUGGAGGGCGCGGGCUCCGCGGGCACCAUGAGACCCGAGGCGGCGGCGGGAGCCCGGGAGGCGCGGGGUCGCGCCUGGCCCUGCCCCGCGGACGGCCCCCGGAGGCCCCCUUCGCCACGCGGGCCCGAGAGCCCCACACCAUGGCGACCUUGGACCCUGACCCCCCGGGAUGCUGAGCGGACCGGAGCUGGCAGCCAGCUUGAGCCAGGGGGUGGCCAGCCGACUCCCGGAUCAAAGGGGGCCUUUGGGUUUCAGCAUCCUGUCAGACUUUAUUUGCCCAUUUCAAAGCGCCGAGAGUAUCUGCAGAGCUCCGGGGAGAAAGUGCUGGCCAGUUUCCCGGUGCAAGCCACCAUCCACUUCUACAACGACGACUCCGAGUCCGACUCCGAGGACGGGGAGCAGGAGGAGGCCCGGGGGCCGGGGGCCGAGAGCCCGGGAGACACGGAGCGGCCCGGGGGCCAGCUGUCCACCAUGGCCAGAGCGCAGCUUCCCCUUCUCCUGGGGCGGCUCUUCUUCAGGACACUCACCGAGACCGGCCUCCGGGACCCGGGGAAGGUUUGUGUGCACAGGGCUCUCAGCAGGUAG